CUCGAUGCAAGAAGCACAUCGUGUGUCUGUCGGUCUGGCGUCGAUGAAUAGUGCUCCGGAGAGUCAGACAGCGAGACUGCUCAAGUGCUCGGUUUGUUUAUUUUGUUUUUAGUUGGUCGCGAGACGGUGUACGGCAAAGGUGCUGCUCCAGUGCGCGAAUCUUAUUGACGAAAAUUCGACGAGAAUCAAAGGAAAAGUGAUGGUAUCCCGUGUAUAAUCUUCACUUUUCAGUUUGACCCGACUUUUGUGUUUCGUUUGUGUACGUUAGGGAAGGUUGGAGCUUGCCCAUUUUGACGCAGUAUUGCUAUGGUAGUCUUAGAACCACCAUCAAAAAGCCCAUACCGCCGCCAUAUAGAACACCGCAGUACAAGAACGUGAACGAAUCGAUUCGAGAUGACCCAGAACAGAACCCUACUGUUUACCCUUCUGACACAGAUGUUGGCAGUGCGAGGGGAGGAUUGGGUGUCCCAUCCCCCCUUCUCCCACAUCUCCGACGAUUACCAAGAGGACUCCUACACCACGGCCUACUUGAACGUCACCAAGUUCGACGAGAAUCUCGGCUGGUCUUGGGACAAGACGGAGGUGGGACGUUACGGUGGGGGUUUCGUGGGACCUGCCUCUGGAGUGAUCAUCCACGUGUCUUCCGCCCUGGACCCCAACGACCACACGGGCUGCGAGAUGCCCCUGAUGAGUUCGAGGGAGGACAGGAGGUUGCCCCCACCCGGGGAACCAUGGAUAGCCCUGAUCAGGAGGGGCAAGUGUAAUUUCGAGGUGAAGGUGGAUAACGCCUACAAGAGCAAUGCUGCGGGAGUGCUGGUGUACAACGACAGGGACUCUUCGACGUUGGAUAAGAUGAAGUUGUCGCAGGAUUCUGGACGAAACAUCUGCGCUGUGUUUACUUACAAGUGGAAGGGCGAAGAACUAGCAACAUUGACGGAAAAAUCAAAUAAAGUAUUCGUACAUAUCACUGUAGCGUCGAAAACAACUUCGAGAGCUGCUAAUAUAAACAGAACGUCGAUACUAUUCGUCUCGGUCACUUUCAUCAUCCUGAUGAUCAUCUCUUUGGCGUGGCUCGUGUUCUACUAUGUACAAAGGUUCAGGUACAUACACGCCAAAGAUAGGUUGUCGAGAAAACUCGGAAGUGCCGCUAAGAAGGCGCUCGACAAGAUACCGACGAAAAACAUCAAACGUGAUGAUAAGGAAGUGGAGGGGGAAGGAGAGUGUUGUGCCGUGUGCAUAGAAAGGUACAAACACAGCGAUACCUUGAGGAUACUUCCUUGUUCUCACGAGUUCCACAAAGACUGCAUAGACCCCUGGUUGCUGGAACACCGCACCUGUCCAAUGUGCAAGAUGGACAUCCUCCAACACUACGGAUUCGUGUUUACAGGAAGCCAGGAGAGUAUUUUUCAGGUGCACGCCGAAGAAAUAGCUAGCCUUGACAGCGAUAAUCCAGACGUUUUAGUGGGGGAAAUCAGCCCCCUUCCAGAGAUCAGAGCGGUGGCCAUCAUGAACCACAACCAGAUGGACUAUCCGGAUUUUUCACCUGGUGGGAACACCAGCCGACCCUCUAGUCCGAACGAGAUGACCGCCACUCUGACACACGACAGCUACAUGCCUAUCAGGAUAUCCAGCUGGAGUUCCAGCUCCUCCAACUCCAGUACUAGGAAAUCGUCUGCUGCCUCAAUCCACCAUACCUUCGAUCAUGGAGAGUUUUAGGUGUUCGUUUACAGUGCGAAUUUUCUGACCAGUACUUACCAGUUUCUAUUUGAAACGCUUCAAACUCCCCGUCGAAUUUGUUAAAAUCUAGUUUGUGUCGAUGAAAUGGUGCCUAAGCCGAUUUUUCGUUACUUUCAAGAAUAACGGUGAACAAAAUCUGAAAUGUGUAUAGUAAUUAACAUUUCAAUAUCAUGUGAAUGAAUUAGCAUCGGGUUAAAUUCGCUAAUUUAAAUUCUUUAUUCGUUUUUAGAAAACAUUUUUUAUCAUAAAAAUUGUUAUGUAAUGAUCUUUUUUCGACUGUUGGAAACCAGAAUUCCAAUUUAGAUGAAAAUUUACCAGUAAUCUGGUGUUGUCAUCACAACUUAUGAAAUUCAUAAUUUAGGUUCGAUAUUAUGUUAAUUUCAACGAGAAUGUCAGAGAUGUAGUUUGUAUGAUCAGAGUGAAUUUUUUUGUUUACUAUAUCAAGGCAUCAUUGUGAAGGCACAUUUUGCACGCUUUAUUUCUGAAGUGUUGGGAGGAUUUGGUGGUGCUAAUCUUUAUUCCAAGAACUCCCAUAUGCUACCUUUAAGAGGGGCGUUGUGCUAGGUACAAAUUUGGCUGUGUGCUAACUUGUAUGACCUCCAGACUGUUGAAUUUCACCAUUUUUUUCAUUUACCUAAUCAACUGAUAAACAGUGAUUUUGUUAGUUUAUUCCCAUAUACAUACGUUGAAACACUCAAGUUAUCACUUAGUAACUGUGUAUUUGAAAAAACAUAUUGUACGAUGGAAAUUGAGAUAUUCAGUUAGUCUACUCCUGAAAAUCCGAUCACUAUUCUGAAGUCUUCUUCCGAAUAUAACAGUUUUCAUCAUUAUCCUUAAUAUCCAAUGCGAACGUGGCAUGAAAAAACGACUGGAUUAAGGUUUUAAUUUGUGAUAUAUAGAUGAUAAAUGAAUAUAACGGUGCUUUCUAAAUAUAGAACUAAGAACUCGAGUGCUGCGCCUUUGUGAUGGACAUAUGUAAAGUUUUGAGUGCCAAAGGACGUAAUGGAUUUAUUAUUAAAACAUGAUAUUUUUUCGCCCAUUUUGAAAUUUUUUUUAUAAUAGAUACAACCACUAAAGCAUGAAUUAUAGCCGCCCCAACUAAUAUUUACGAAUAUUGUAAAACUUAUAUUUAUAGGACGAGUUUGCUUAUUUGGUAAAGACCAUUUUGAAUGUAUUUUUUCAACAUAAAAAUUCAUCAUUAUAUAUAUGUAUAUAUAAGUCUUUAUAUUUGAUACAUUCGAAUCAUUUGAGUUUGCUCCCUUUUCUUCAACAAUCAUUGAUGACUGAUGUUUAUUUGCGUAUUAAAAUUUUCAUAGAAUU